CGCGCGAGCGAACAAAACGUAGUUAGUAUUUUUUUUAAUUUGGUGAAAAAUUUAUUGUUAAUAAUUUAUCUUUCGAGUGUGAUGCCUUACAAAGGAAAUGAAGAUUCUAAAUACGUUGAGGAACUACGGAAAUGGGACGAAAUAUUUUCAUAUUUUUAAACAGAUCUUGGCAUGUAUAGCGGCGGACCUGAUCAUGCUGUCAGCGGGCAUGGCGUACGGGUUCAGUGGCACGCUGCUGCCUGAGUUAGUUCUAGAUGAGUCUAUAGCGUACGACAGGAGCUACGAUUCCUGGGUCGCGUCAGCCUUGCCGUUAUCAGCCAUCUUCGCCUGUUUGAUUGCGGGACCAAUUAUUGACCGGUUUGGUAGAAAACGAGGCCUCAUGAUAACUCUUAUCCCACUAUUCCUUGGGUGGCUACUUCAAGCUUUCGCCAAAUCUAUCGUCCUACUAUUAAUCGGAAGAUUCCUAACCGGACUCUGCACUGGAGCAGUUAGACCCUGCGCUUUAGUAUAUUUAGGAGAAAUAUUCGACCCCAAAUACAGAGGAACAGCUCUAUUUAGCAUGUCUUUGUCCAUGCAUCUGGGAGUACUGAUCUGUCACUGGAUAAGUCAUUACGUCAAUUGGCGGACCUGCUGUUUUGUUUUCAUAUCUCCCCCCUUGAUAAGCUUACUAAUACUAAUUUAUUUGAGAGAAAGCCCUAUGUGGUAUAUAUUAAAUGGAAGAAUUGAUGAAGGAAUAGAGAUAUUCAAAUGGUUUAGAGGUGACGGUGAAGCCGCUGAUAAAGAAUUAGAAGAAUUUAUGAAAAAGCAAGUUGGUAAGGCGGAUAUAACAAGAAAGGAGCUCUUAGCGUUUGUUUUCAGUAAACCUUUUAUGAAACCUUUCGUAACGGUAGUAAUAUUGUUUUUAUCAGUUCAGUUUUUGGGGUUAAACAAUUUAUCAUUUUACGCUGAAGAUAUAGUCAGGAACACCUUUUCAACUGACGUGGAUACAUUUUCUAUGGUGAUGGCCCUUGAUGCAAUAAGGGUGAUUUCAUCAUUAGCGAUGUGUUCGAUAAUAGAUAGGUUACCGAGAAAAUUAACAUUUCUGAGUAGUAGCUUUGUUGCAUGUAUAUUUAUAUUGGCAAUAGCUGUAUUUUUAUACGUAGAUUUAGGAUUAAUAUGGUUACAUAUUUUAUCUAUGAUUGGGUAUGUAUCUUUUGGUAGUGCAGUAGUCAGUUUGUCUUGGUCAUUUUUGCCUGAAAUAAGCCCAAGUAAAGUUAGAGGGUUUACAUCUGGUUUAGGAGCUGCUAUAAAUUUUUUGAUGUUAUUUGCCUCUGUAAAUGCUACUCCUAGAUUGGGCCAAGUAUAUGGACAACAGGCUGUGUUUAUUCUCCACGGUACAACUACAUUGUUGUGUACUGUUUUCCUUUGCUUUUUAUUACCAGAAACGAAAGGAAAGACGUUGCAAGAAAUUGAAGACACUUACGUUAAUAAUGGAGAGGGUGAUAGUACAAAGUGAUUUCAUGUAGAAUAAAUAUGAUAAAGUUUGGCUAAAUACAAGAGAGAAAGAGAUGAAAUUUUAAUUUUGUAAAGUUGAUUUUGCACUAGUUAACUUACGAGAUUAAUUGUAAAAUUAUUUGUGAACCAAUGAAAGAAUGUGAAGAUAUAUAAAGAUGUAAGAAAUAGUUGUUUUUAUUUAGAAUGCAAUGUUGACUUUAAGUAUUACAUUCCAUUUCAAAAGUGACGAUAGUAACAGAACUAUUGCUUUUGUUGAAUUUUC